AGAGAGUGUGAGUGAGCGGCAGAGGCUUGUGGGUGUGUCAUAGUAAUUUAGUUCCUCAAGGAAGUCCAAGUCAACAUUAUCUGAAGUCAGGGCUGAAGCAGUGACAGCGCAGCAGGAGGGUCUGUUUUCUGGAACUUCUGCUUCUGCUCAUGUUGGAAAAUGAAAGGAUCUGAUUAAAGCGCCUGGUGUGUGUGGGCUGUGACAGAACCAGAACCAGAACCCAGAACCCAGACCCAUCUGACCCAGGACAGGAGGGAGGAGGACCCAGCAGACACAGAACACCAUGGAUGCCUUCAGCUCCAAGGACAUGGCCAUGAAGGCUCAGAAGAAGCUGCUCAGCUCCAUGGCCAGUAAAAGCUCCGUGCAGAUGUUCAUCGACGACACCAGCAGUGAAAUUCUGGACGAACUGUACCGCGUCUCCAAAGAACACUCCGGUAACAAAGCCGAGGCCCACAAAGUCAUCAAAGACCUGGUGAAGAUCGCGGUGAAGAUCGGGGUGUUGUUCCGAAACAACUGCUUCAGCCCGGAGGAGCUGGGAAUCGCCCAGGACUUUAAAAAGAAGCUGCACAUGGGAGCCAUGACGGCCAUCAGCUUCUAUGAGGUGGACUUCACCUUCGAUAAGACUGUGAUGGCCGACCUGCUGACCGGCUGUAGGGACCUGCUGCUCAAACUGGUCAACACCCAUCUGACCCCCAAAUCCCACGGACGCAUCAACCACGUCUUCAACCAUUACUCCGAUCCGGAACUCCUGACCAAACUGUACGACCCCAACAGCUCCUUCAGACCUCACCUGACCAAGAUCUGCAAAGGACUCAACAAAAUGGUGGAGGACGGGACAAUAUGAGACGGACGCAGUUGGAUAAUAAAGUUCAUAUGUCCAGUGGAUAAUAAAGUCAGGUGGACAGUAUAUAACAAAGUCAGGUGGACAGUGGGAGAUGACCAAGCCUUGGACGUUCUGGACACUCACGGUCCCACUGCUCACAGGCAACAGCAAAUAAGUCCAACAACAACUGUGGGAUUUCAGUCAUGAUGGUCAAGUUAGUUUUCAGGUUUUGAAUGUUUGGAGGUGACAUAUAUAUAUAUAUAUAUAUAUAUAUAUAUAUAUAUAUAUAUAUAUAUA